CGACGGCGACAACAGCGCCGCCGCCGCCGACACCACACGAUUUCGUCGACCGAGACCACCACUACCGAGUACCGGCAGUGUCCACGUCACCAUCGCGGCAACGCACCGACGGUGACGACGGUUCUAAUCCAGUGGCGUACAUCCAGCGACCGGCCGCCACUACCGGUACGACGAACGUCGUACAUACCAUACGCGCUCUGGAAGUCGUAUCGCCGUCGUCGUGUUCGGUACGCGCUUACAGCCCUAUAGGCAGGUCUGAUGACAAUGAUGUAUCAUCGUAUGGUUCGACCGAGCGGUAGUGUCGCGGCGCGUUGUUGAUCGUCGUCGUUUCACAUUUCCACGGCCGGCACGUCUACCGGUACAUCACGCAGCACCUUUUACCGGAGGACACGUCAGAAAUUGAUCGCUCCGAGUUUUUGGGCGGCGGCGGCGGCAGCAGCACUCACCCACCUGCCUACCUGUACAUUAGUUUUAUCACGGCGGACACUGCAGCAGACGGGGCAUAAAUCGUUAGGUUGUCGUCGUCGUCGGGGCUGCGGACUUUACCGUUGGGCACGUAUAGGAACAAUAUGAGCAAUUUCGUCGAGACUGCGGCUGCCGCCACUGAAGCAGCUGGCGUGCGGGCAGUGGCCCUGGCACUGCUUGUCACCGUGGCGUUCAGCUGCGCGUUUUUCUACAUGAUGCGUUGGGCAGCGUCGGCGUCGUCUGCCGAGCGGCGGCGGAGGUCGACCCGUCACCAGCGCGGAAAUGAUGGCGACGGUUUCACGCCGGCAUCCAAGCAAAAAAAGUCAACUUCGGCCGCGGUCCAACCUAGGAAGAAAAAUAACAGCAGCAAAAACGCCGCUAUCCGUCUGCAGGCGUCCGCCAGCACCAAUACCGCCGCGGCCGCUGGUGCUACAGGUUCGACUGGUUGGAACAGUUCCGGCAAUCCCUCGAACAGUAAAAACGGCGACAAGAAGAAGAAAAAGGACGACGGCGACGUUUCCGCCACUGACAACGCUACGACUACGUCCGCCGGUCAUCGCGGUGCAUUCAAGGCGUCGGAAACUACGGCUGUGGUCGCUGGCAACAGUCACACGGCCGGAGCAGACCGUUCCAACGAGCGGAACCGCCGGGCUAGGCGCCAACGGCAGCAACAGGAGCAGUCCCGCAGUGGUGGCGAGAGUUCGACCAAUAGUGGCGAUUACAACUUGGCGCCGGGGACAGCAGCCACCGCUGAGAACGACGACCAUCGUCGCCGCUCGUCGUCCUGGUCGUCGCACAGCCUGCACGCCGACGAGGACCACCUGGUCGUGGACGACUCUGCAGUCGCUUACAACGACGAUGAAGAUCAGGGCGAAUGGAUCACAAUGACUAGUGGUAGCAGUGGUGCCAAUUCUGUCACCGUUCUCAACAAUGAUUCAAAUAAGAAAAAACAGAAUCAACGGCGGGAGGAUAACGUAGUCAUAUCCGUUUCAACUAAACUAGAACGUCGACGUCUUCAACACGAGAAAGAGCUGCGACAUGAUAAACAACAAGAAGAAGCUCAGCGACAAGAAAAGCAACAGCGGCAAGAGAAGCAACAUAAUCAAGAAAAGGAGCAUCAACCAGAGAAGCAACCGCAAAAAGAGAAACCACAACAGCGUCGUGAUAAGCAGCUGCUGCAACAGCAACCGCAACAACGACGACGAGAUAAGCCAUCGCUGCAAAUCGCUUCACCUACUAUCAACGACAAUACUGCUGCGUCAACUACAUCAGCAAAGACAGCGGUUGUGACAGAUAAACAACCACCCUUUCAGCAGAGUCGCCGAGAUGACGAUUUCAAGGCUGAGGUCGACGGAACAGAAAAACGGUUGCGUGCCGAAUACGACGCUUCGGUGAAAACAUUACGAGCCGAGCAUGACAAAGAGUCUAAAGUUUUGCGUGCAGAACAUGAAACGACAACAAAACGUCUGCGUGUAGAAAACGAAAAUUUAAGAGCCAAAAACAGUGCGGUAGCCGAGCGUUUGCGUACCGCAGAACGCGAGACAGCGAUGACGAAACGGCUGCGAGUAGAGCAUGAUGCGACAGUGAAAGCAUUGAAUGCGGAACGAGACAUCCAGCUGGCAGCAUUGCAGGCCAAGCAUGAUGCAGUGGUAAAUGCAUUGCGCAUGGAACUCGAGACCCUGCAACAGACUGUGUCUCAGACUUCGCAAGUGGCUCACAAGGCUGUUGUGGAAGCGACACACAUUAAAGAUGUGACGGCUAUCCAAGAUUCUGGCGAGGACAACAAGAAUCUAAAGCGCUCUGACACCGAUGACUCCGCUUUCCGGAAUCUCCGUGAGGAAAACGAAAAACUUCGCAAGGAGCAGGAGGCCACAAUUCGAGUCCUACGCGAGGAAAAUGAGAAUCUUCGCAAGGACCACGAGGUUGUAAUUCGAGGCUUACGCGAUGAAAACGAGAACCUGCGCAUAAAACACGAGACUUCAAUGAAGAAUCUCUGGACUGAGCAUGAGACCGUAAUCGAAGGCGUGCGUGCAGAAAAUGAAACUGUCCAGCGAUCUGCAAUGCAAAGUUUGCGAGCGGAUCACGAGGCAAGGGUUGGAGCUUUACAAGCUGAGCACGAAAUCUUGGUCCAGAAAUUACGUAAUGAAAAUGAUGUACUGCGCAAACGACAUGAAACUACUAUGCAAAGCAUGCGUGAUCUUAAAGAUCAUAUGCGUACUGAGCACCAGAAUGAGGUCCGUGGUAUGCGUAUAAAAAAUGAGAAUAUGGUCAAAGAACACGAGAUCGCUAUGCAGAGUCUAAAUAAGGAAAAAGAAAAUCUACGUACUAAGCACGAAAAAGCCGUUCAAGAACUCCUAGCAAAAAACGAGGAUUUGUGUAAGCAAAACAAAGAUCUGCGUACGGAACUCGACACCACGACAAAACGUCUGCGAGCUGAGCACGAGGCCGCGAUGAAAGAGUUACGGAAUGGGUACGAGGCUGCAGCAGAAAUAGCAAGUCGUCUCACCCAACAUGAUGCAGCAGUGAUUGAGGAAUUGCGUGAACAACAUCGAACUGAAGUCGAGAGGCUCCAACUUCGAAUAUCUGAGGAGAAGCAACGGCAUAUCGGCAUACCAGCGAUGCCGCAAACAACCAUGACUGAUGGCUUAAACAUAGAAAAUGUUACAAUGUAUAACCAUGUUCUAGAAAGCAGAAUAAAUCAUUAUAAGCAGGUCAUUGCUGAUACGGAACAAAUGCUGAGCCGGUUACAUGAGCACGUGGAACGCGAGGAGUCAAGGUGGUCAUCUUAUACAGAAGACCUGCAGCAACAGUUAGACGAAGCUCUAAGUCAGUUGAAUGCCACCCAUCAACGUUUGAGAAAACAAAAGAGUCAAGAUAACUGUGAAGAUGCAGACGAAGACUCGGGGGAUGAAAGUGAAGCUGUGGUAGCGACGACAAAAUGAUUAUAUAUUCUAACAGCAGCAGCGAUUGCGAUUAAAUAUUAUUAAUUUUUGUGCAUAAUUAUUUUUGAUUUGAUCGCCCGCAGCUGAACUUCAGACUGGAACAGUUAAAUAAUAAUGAUUGUAAAAAGACAAUAAACCACGCUCAUGCGUAGGUCGCAUAUAUCAUAACUUUAAAAAAAAAUUGUAAAUGAUAAUAAUAUAGUAAUUAUUUAAUAUAAAUAAUUUAUUUUACAAUAAUAUUAUUUACCAGACAUAAUAUUAUCUGUAAAAAAUUGCUAUUUGAAUAUUGUACAUAUUUUUUUUUUCUUAAAUUGCUAGCCACUACCACUGUGUGAGUCAGCGUAUUUAUCCUCCGUUUUUCACUAGUGGUAGUAGUUAUCGCCUAUUAUCCAUAAAUGUAUUUGUUUUUUUUACUUAUUUUUUUUAUCAUUAUAUAAUUUAUUGUAUUAGGUGCAAGACACAACUCCCAAGUCGACUUGUUGUGUAUUUCGGCCAUUUAUCUGGUUAUUUUCGUGCGUGUACCUGUUUAUAUUAUUAAAUUAAUUGCUAUAACAUUAUUAUGUGUAUGUAGUAACAAUAUGUUUAUCAUUGUCGCCUUGUGCAUUACUUACAUACAUUGUGC